AUGUCUGGUUUAUCUCUGGAGGAUGAAGCUUUGCUUCAGUCUAUGGUCAGACAGUUGCUACAGAGUGUAAAGGAAAGACUAGCAGGUGCUCCAUCAGCUGAAUGUGCUGAAGAGAUAUUGCUGCAUCUGGAAGAGACAGAUGAACAUUUCCACAA